CAUAGCCCCAUGGCCGGUAACCUCCCCCGUCCCCUCCGCCUCCCGGAGACGGAGAACUGUCCAUCAACCCGACGUCACCUACUACGACGAGUACUACGACCAAGCCCUUGGCUGCAAUCUGAGUACACUUGGAUGCUGCACCUGCCCUUCGCCAUCCCCAGAAUCCACGCCGGCAAAGGCGAAGAGUCAGAGGACACGGUGCCCAAUCCAUCCCUCCCAGCGUUAAGCACUCUGCGUGAAGCAUUAUACAAAUGAAAGCUAAGACACGCCGCGCUUGCAGAUCAAUAGAUACAUAGUACGAAAGUAGACUGUACUGGGAAGGCAAACGACAAGAAUGUUGAAUUGGCAAGGCUUCUUCUUCUCCUGAGCUCCCUGAGUCCUACCAACUACAGCCCCAACUACGAAGAAAAAGGGAAAAAGUAAAUACAGAAAGAUAACAAACAUGACUAUCUCAGCGCAUUUUCGUUUGGAAAAUGUGCAUUGUCGCAGUCCUGAAUCCGCAAGCAUUUCCACUUUAGGAACCAAGCUUGAGCGUGAGCACGAGCAGACACACGUAGGCUGCUAUGCUCAGCGCUGUGAGGACAGACACCACAUUCCCGCUCGUUCUGAACUUCUUGCGGUGCAAUCCGUCCUCGCCCACUUCGGAGAAGAACUGCUUGUUUCCUUCAUGCCGGCGGAACAAACUCGUAAAGAGAAUACCCGCUCCGUACACGGCGAACAGGGCGCCGAUGGAAUAGAACUCCGCAGUGAAGAUCUUCAGCACGAUGAGCGCGAAGCUGAACUGCCCGAUCGCGGUGCGGAUGUACGCUCCUUCGAACGUCCUCUGUGCGGCCCGAAUCUCGACCAGCUCACUGCUGGUCAGAACUACUGACCGGGCUCUAUGGAGCCGUAGCUGAUAUCUGUCGGCGGCGUGUCGUCCCUAAACUGCGCUUUCAAUGGAAUGCUCUCGCG